CGCGCCCCCCGGCCAGGCUGCGCUUCUGCCCCUACAAGGUUUGGGCAGAGGUGGGGGAGGGUCCUGGUACCCGGCUCCGCCCGGUCCCUCCCAGCCUUUUAGGCGCCCGCGGUUGGGACAUCCCAGUCCCACUCGGUCCUCCUCACCCUCCACUCGUGCGCCUAGUCCCCGCAGCCAGCCCAGUUCUCACUGCCUGCCAGUCGGCCCACCCCCCACCGCAACCAUGGACGCCAUCAAGAAGAAGAUGCAGAUGCUAAAGUUGGACAAGGAGAAUGCCAUCGACCGCGCUGAGCAGGCCGAAGCAGACAAGAAGCAAGCUGAGGACCGCUGCAAGCAGCUGGAGGAGGAGCAGCAGGGCCUCCAGAAGAAGCUGAAGGGGACAGAGGAUGAGGUGGAAAAGUAUUCUGAAUCUGUGAAGGAUGCCCAGGAGAAACUGGAGCAAGCCGAGAAGAAGGCGACGGAUGCUGAAGCAGAAGUGGCCUCAUUGAACCGCCGCAUUCAGCUGGUAGAGGAGGAGCUGGACCGGGCGCAGGAGCGCCUGGCCACAGCCCUACAAAAGCUAGAGGAGGCUGAGAAGGCAGCUGAUGAAAGCGAGAGAGGAAUGAAGGUCAUUGAAAACCGGGCCAUGAAGGAUGAGGAAAAGAUGGAGCUACAGGAGAUGCAGCUGAAGGAGGCCAAGCACAUCGCCGAGGAUUCAGACCGCAAAUACGAAGAGGUGGCCAGGAAACUAGUGAUCCUGGAAGGAGAGCUGGAGCGCUCAGAAGAGAGAGCUGAGGUGGCUGAGAGCCGAGCCAGGCAGCUGGAGGAGGAACUUCGAACCAUGGACCAGGCCCUCAAGUCCCUGAUGGCCUCAGAGGAGGAGUAUUCCACCAAAGAAGAUAAAUAUGAAGAGGAGAUCAAACUGCUGGAGGAGAAGCUGAAGGAGGCUGAGACUCGAGCAGAAUUUGCUGAAAGGUCUGUGGCAAAGCUGGAGAAAACCAUUGAUGACCUAGAAGAUGAAGUCUAUGCCCAGAAGAUGAAGUACAAGGCCAUCAGUGAGGAGCUGGACAACGCACUCAAUGACAUCACCUCUCUCUGAGCUGCACACCAGUGUAGCCACCCCCGCCCUUUUUCUCCUCUCCUUUCCAUUCUCUCUGUGGGUAAGGGGAGGCAGGAGGAACAAAAAUUACCAACAUUGCACAGCCGGGCUGGGAGCAACCGAGGGAGAGCUCCCAUCAUACGCACUGCCCACUCUGGCACUGGCUUCAUCCUUCUACCUACCACAUCCUCCACCCCUCUUUGCUGCCUAAUAAAUUCUGAACUUGGCCUCCACGCUGUUUUCCUGCCCUCCAGAGAGCACUUCCAUCACCACCAUAAAGCACUGGUUCACUCCUGUAUACCCUGGCUGUUAACCAACACCCCCAUCUUGUGACAUAGCCUCCACACUGAAACCCCUCUGCAUAGCAUUCCUGGUCUGUCAUACUCUGACUCUCACUGCUGCAUGUGGGCAGUGUGACCCCCCACACACAAACCCCGUGCCCAUUGCUGACCCUGGAACACUUAGCUGGGCAUCCAGAAUCAAGCAGAAGGAUUGAAAGGGAAAUGGGGUAUUGAGGUACCGGGGGCCUGGAAUGAAGUCUGGAAAACCGUUGGAUGUCAGCAACAUGGGGCUUUCACUGCAGCUGCAGGUCUGUUUUCUGCCUCAAGUCUGUCUGUCUGGCCCUUCCU